AUGGGUCUUUCACCAUCAUGGUACCAGUUUCUAGUCGGCGUCUUCGCCUCUGUGGGUUCAUUUCUGUACGGAUAUGAUUUGGGUGUCAUUGCGGAGGUGAUUGUAUGCCAGUCCUUCAAGGACAAAUUCGAGGCAGAUGAUACACAAAGCGGCCUGGUCGUCUCCAUGUUCACCACAGGCGCAUUCUUCGGCGCAGGAUUCGCUGGACCGUCUGGCGACUAUCUCGGCAGAAAAAAGACCAUCUCACUUGGCUGUCUGCUCUUCUGCUUGGGAGGAGGACUCCAAACCGGUGCCAAAAAUCUAGGCUAUCUCUACAGUGGACGUUUCUUUGCCGGAUUAGGCGUUGGUUUCCUCACCAUGGUUAUCCCACUGUACCAAGCUGAGAUCUGCCACCCCAAAAUUCGUGGCCGAGUCACUGCUCUCCAGCAAUUUAUGCUCGGCGUGGGCGCGCUCUGUGCCUCUUGGAUUGGGUACGGUACGUACAUUGGCUUCAGCCCGACCAACAGCGCUCAAUGGCAGUUGCCACUGGGCAUUCAGAUUAUCCCUGCGGUGAUCCUGGGAUUGUUGAUCGGAGUCUUUCCCGAAUCUCCACGUUGGUUGAUCGAUCACGGCCGCUCUGAAGACGGUCUACGGACAUUGGCGAAGUUGCAUGCUCACGGCAACGAGCAUGAUCCCUGGGUUCAGGCUGAAUAUGCUCAGAUCCAGGAGACUAUCAGCUACGAGCACGAACAUGAGGCUAAGUCUUAUAUCGAGCUGUUCAAGAGCCGAUCGUCAUUCCGUCGCUUGUUCCUCUGCUGUGCCCUUCAAGCAUCCGUCCAGAUGACCGGUGUAUCAGCCAUUCAAUACUACUCUGUCACAAUCUACGAACAAAUCGGCAUCUCCGGCGAAGCCACCCUCCGCUACCAAGCCAUCAAUUCCAUCAUCGCCCUCAUCGCCCAAUUCCUCUGCAUCCUCUUCAUCGACCGCUUCGGCCGUCGCUGGACCCUGAUCUCCGGUAAUCUUGGGAACUGCGUGACCUUCAUCAUCGCAACGGCGCUCCUCGCCAAAUUCCCCCCCAACAACCAACAACACCGGCGCGCACUGGGGCUUUAUCAUAAUGACCUGGCUGGUGUUUCAAUCACGACGAUGAUCUCGUUUGCGUUCAAUACUAUGAUCGGUCAGGUUACGCCAAUUGCGAUGAAGAAUAUCGGAUAUAGGUAUUAUUACCUGUUUGCCAUCUGUAACUUCACUAAUGCACUCUUUUUUUGGGUACUAUUGCCUGAGACGAAGAAGGUGCCGUUGGAGGAGAUGAAUUACAUGUUCUCACAUGCUCCUUGGAUUGUACCGGGGACGAAGACAAAGGAUUAUAUCGCGCAUGAUUUGGAGAGGAAGGUUGAGGAGCAGGAGGUUAAGCAGAGUACGGUGCAUUAUGAGGAGCAGAUUUGA